AUGCCGGCCGAGCCGUAGUCUCUCUCGAGCGGCAUUUGGUAAUCGUUUCGUUACCGUGAUCCAGUGAUUCUGCAGCCAUGAGGAGUCCCGUCAUCGCCGCCGUGGUCCUCCUCCUCGGCUCGUUCCUGCUCCACGGCGCGGACGCCGGCCACCGGCCCAAGCCCUCCUUUACCGCCAUAUUCAGCUUCGGCAACUCCUACGCCGACACCGGCAACUUCGUCAGGUUCGCCGCGCCCUUCAUCCCCGUCAUCCCUUUCAACAACCUCCCCUACGGCGAGACCUUCUUCCACAAGCCUACCGGCCGGGCCAGCAACGGCCGCAUCAUCCUCGACUUCAUCGCUGAAGCUUACGGUCUGCCGUUGGUGCCGCCGUCCCUGGACACGACGCAGAGCUUCAGCAAGGGCGCGAACUUCGCGGUCGUGGGGGCGACGGCCCUGGACCUGUCCUACUUCAUGGAGCGCAACAUCACCUCCGUUCCCCCGUUCAACAGCUCGUUCAGCGUCCAGAUCGGGUGGUUCGAGCAGCUUCUCAAGACGUCGCUCUGCAACAACACCGCCAAGGGAAAAUGCGACGAUUACCUGAAAAAGUCUCUCUUCGUCAUGGGCGAGUUCGGCGGGAACGACUACGUUUUCCUCCUCGCCGCCAACAAGACCGUCGAGCAAACGAAAACCUACGUUCCCGCCGUCGUCAAGGCCAUCGCCGGCGGCGUCGAGAAGUUGAUCAAGCACGGCGCCAGGCGCAUCGUGGUGCCGGGGAACCUGCCGACGGGCUGCAUCCCGAUCAUGCUGACGCUGUACGCGAGCCCCAACAAGGCGGACUACGACAGGUACGGGUGCCUCGACAAGCUCAACGGCCUGGCGCGCUACCACAACGCCUUUCUCCGGCGCGAGGUCAUGGCGCUCCGGAUCAAGUACCCGGGCACCAAGAUCGCCUACGCCGACUACUUCUGGCCCGUCGUCGGGUUCCUCCAGAACCCGGCCAACUCCGGUUUCGACGGCAGCACGGCGCUGGUGGCGUGCUGCGGCGCCGGCGGCAGGUACAACUACAACGUCACGGCGGCGUGCGGGUUCCCCGGCGCGACGGCGUGCGCGGACCCGUCCAGGGCGGUGAACUGGGACGGCAUCCACCUCACGGAGGCGGCGUACAGGGACAUCGCCGGAGGAUGGCUGCGAGGCCCGUUCGCGCAACCGCCCAUACUGAGCCUCGCGCGUUGAAACACUGCUUGGAGCUUGGAUUGACCCUUGAGGGAGUGGAGCCUUUGGCUCUGACCUGGUGUGUGCGUUGCGUACAGGAGAUUGAAAAGGUGUUUCUUUUUUCCUUCGUUUUGACCUGUGUGUUUCUUUAUUGUUACUACUACAUUUGAACUCUUGUUAUUAAGGGUCUGUUUGGUAACAAGGUUAGUUUAACACCCGUCACAUCGGAUGCUUGGAUGCUAAUUAGAAGUAUUAAACAUAGGCUAAUUACAAAACUAAUUGCACAG